CCUUAUUAGACCUGUGGCCGUCAGUCAGUGGCCAAUUCCUUUCUUUCAGCCCACUGGUAACAUGGCUCAAUAUUCAACAGCAAACCCUCUUUCCAAGUCAAUAGAACGUCUUAGUCUGGAAUAUAUCAUCAAUCAUGUAUUUCUUCCUCUCAAGUUGCCGCAAGGGAGUGACCAAUCACUUGAGAACGAUCUGGCCUUAUCUCAAGCAGUAUUCGAUGCUGCUAUCACCUUCAGUAACCAGCUAUCGUCCAAUAAGUUGCCGCUUUGGACAAGCAACUUGAAAAUGCUUCGCAAUCUCAACGACUCAAUCAGAUUCAGCGUGAUGUCUGAAAAAGAAGUCGAAUUUCAAAUCAACGCUAUGGACAUUGGAGAUGUCCUUGUAUAUAUGAUUCGCGCGCAAAACGCUGCGGUGGUCAUGAGAAAGCUCGAAUCCGAGACCGUAUUCGAGUCAUUUGAGGUCUCUCCUGACCCCACCGCAGUUAUGGGCGCAAAGGGAAAGCUGAUAUGUUUUUAUCCUGGACCUGCCAUCGCAGUUCCAGAUAUGAACAUUGAUAAUACCACCUUUCCCGCUGAGCUGGCAAAUUUCCUAGUUCACAUGGAUCAAGAUGUCCUUGAUGCAGCAGCGACGAGGACAAAAGCUAAAUCUACUGUUCUCGAAGAGAGGGACACCACGCAUCCGCGAUAUAUCACGGAACUCUUGACCGGUAUACUGCGUGGCCUCGGGAGCAUCGCCGAUGUUCCUCGUAUCCGCAAGCGCAUUGCAGAUGAUGUGCUUUGGGACAGCGCGAAGUUGCCGUGGAGGCGGUCUUCACUUUGGCUUGUUAUUCGCGUUGCCAUGCAGACAACCGUGGAGCGCAGUGCUCUCGGACGAACGACAUAUAAAUCAUUCAUGUUGUUCUUCAUGACUCGACUCACAUCGCUUGCACUCGACUACGACUUGUCAAAUGACAUCUUACACUUCAUGUCGGCAAAGAUCGCGCGCCGUCUUUUCAAGCAUGGAUCCUCUGCUUCUCCAGCGUUAUCGCAGAUGGUCACCGUUGUCACAAGAGAUGUAAGGGGCGUCCUGGAGAAAAGAUGGGGAUCUGUUCAGAACACGCAACGGGCCUCGCCUCUUUGGGCUCCUGAGACCCUCCACGUUCUGCGAGAUACCCAUCUUUCCUUGAACACAAGCCGACAGUACAUAAGCAAAGCUUUGCAGAACCAGCAUUCCUCCCCUGAAACAAUCUCAUUCAAUCCCAGCCACCACACCCGCGGGACAAUCGAUCAUUUCCUUGACGCCGAAGGUAGCUUCUUAGUAGCUGCUUAUGCCGCAGAACCAUAUCUUGCCCUGGCAGACUUUGAGACCGCCAUUGGAUCAGGGAUCGACAACUGGGUGGCGCGCGUGCCACUCCAGAGUGCUGAGUCUGCAUGUGUCUCGAUUGAGGCAUGCGCCUCUACGUACUCCUCAAGAGCGCUGAAGGAUUAUAAAGGAAACCCGGAGAAUCUGUCUAUCAUGCUUCUCACCCUUUUCGAGCUCUGGGUAGCGAUGGAUAAGAUCGUUGUUAGAGAAAUCCCACUCCUGGCAGAAUACUCCCCCGAAAUCCCAUUGACGCUUUGGGAAUGUCUUUUAAUCCGCAAAGCUUCUGCCCUUGACCGUUUGAAGAAGUUGCAUGCUUACUUGAAAGCUCGUCACCACCAGGCUUCCGGAUGUCUUUCAGCAUUCUCGUUUACCUCAUUCGCAGCGCGAUAUUUUUACCACUCAUCCGAGCUGCAGUGUUUGAAGGUUCGCAUUGAGGCGGAUGGUCAGAAACAGCGGGAGAAGAAGUUGAACGAGCUUCAGACCCUUAACAAGAAGUACGGUGACUUGAAGGAACGCGCAGAAAGUUUAGAGCACGAGUUCGUCUUCACUUCACGCGGCAGGGAAAAACACAAGCAAAAACGCUGCAAAAAGUGUCUCUUGGAAAAGGAGAUGCGGUCAAUGACUAUUACGGUUCACGAGUGGCCACUACCAGCCCGUGAAAAGGAUGCGAUCGCAGUGGUGUUUGAGCUAGCGUGCCCCAUUGCGUUCGACAUGUGGAGAUCCAUGACAUUUCAUGUCUUCGUAGAUAUCUGCACUCCAGAAGAGAUUUUGUCUGUUCAUCCCUUCAUGGCACUGCCAGAAUAUGACGCCCUGAAGCGAUAUCGCACGUGCCACGCAAGACAAAGGCUCACUUUGGCGUCGGAUGCCAAACCUUUCUCCAAGUGUCAUUACAACAACACUCACAUUCCUGCGCUGGACAGUCAAGUCUGUGUAAACAACGGACUUCAAUUUCAGCCUUUCGACACAAGGACAGAUGCAUGGGUGGCAGACGUACUGUUACGAUGCGACGCCACCAAGUUUUGCACUUUCCUUCUUCCAAAGGGACCGUAUGAUGGUUUGCAGCAAUACCUUGCAGGGACAACUCAUACGUCAAACGAGGUGAUAGCCAAUCAGGCAGAUUGUCGCAAGGACAUGAAUAUACAUGAAUUCAUCGCAUUCGGAGCCUUGCGGAGUGGACCGCGUUUGCAAUGGAUGAAUGUGCUACGUGAACUCCGCGCGAGGACCCUCAAUUUCCGACGUGAUGAAGUUCAUCUACUGCUGGCGCAAACUGUUUCACAGGUCGGCCCAUUCUCGUCCAAUGACAGCCUUGUUUGGCACGAGGAGUUGAAUAGCGUGCCCUUUGCUAUCGCACUACUUGGCGAGCUAGAGGAUUUGAUGGCGAGCGUCGAAGGUAAUUGGUUAGAAGCUAUCACGUUCAACACUAUCAUCAUGCUUGCGUGUCGUGUCUUGUCCUCGACUCAGGAAGAGAGUGUCAAAAAUCGUGGACAUUCGUUCCUUCGAAGGAUACGAACUGCAACUUUUGCGUUGCUGACGCAACUAUCAGGGAAAAUGCAAGCUAGCAACGACGAGACGGUCAGCCAGGAUUUACAAGGACGCGUUCGGGAUCUGGCAAUCACCUGUAGGAGUACUUUCGAUGUCGACGCAGACGCUUCACUGCUCCUGACGUCGAACGAUGACAUCAAGAUAUUUGUAUGUUGUGCGGUCAUGAUUUAUGAUAACACUCCGAACCAAUUGGACAAUCUUCCGCAAUUUUCCAAACUACUGCUAGAGCGAGACAAGAGAUGUUGCCACGCAUUAGAGUCCGCUAUUCGUCAAUAUGCAGUUUUUCACAGGGAGGGUCUUGAUUGGGCGAUGGCUAUGAUUUGGGGCAGCUACAGACCAGGAACUCCUUGGAGAACACUCACGGCUCCGAACUCUCGUUGGCUCGUGACACAGACUGCACCUUUGCGUUCCCAAUCACCACAGGACGUGCACUUCAAUUUGAUUAGCGGAUGCUUGCUUGUUGACGGGAAGCAGCUAGGCAGGCUUCCUUCAACGGUAGUGCAGCAUCCCACUUACCAAUCGAUUUUCGGUGAUCAAGUUCUGGAUAUCAUUCCAGCUGAUAUUCGUGGAAUGGAAUAUGCGACACGCGGAAACUUCUGUGACCAUCAGGUGUCUUUUGCUCUCCAUGACUUGAACGAUCUCAUCAUCCGUGCGAAGCAUAUCAAAUACGACUCACCUGUCCUCCAGCUCAUUCCGAGACACAAGUUCUUGAGCGAUCUGCCAACCGUCUUGGUCGUGGGUCAUACCCAUUGGCUUAACCUGCACACAGGCGAAAUUGAGAUUCGGCCAGCAGAAAAUACGUGGAAAUCUUCGUCUGACAAUUGGAUCUUGCGAUUUUCUGUUUCAGGUUCUUCGACACUGCAGAAUUCCAGCGGUGCCACCCUUGUCGACAUACACAGCCAAACGUGGGAUAUGAUCUCCAAGAGGCUGCGUCCUCUGGAGGAUGUAUACUUCAUCAUGGUCACGUAUAACAAAGCAUUUGGCAGCACUCCCUUGUUGAAGGCUGAUUUGCCCCGAUAUGGCCUUGAAUUCUUCAUUGAUGAAGAUGGAGAAUUGCAGUCUCGUAACAUGCGCAACAUGGUCGUUGAUGCCGUUCAGUCUAGUGGCACCAUGUUAGGACUGGUCAAUCAACUUAUCCUGCGCCCAAAGUUGCAAAUUGCGGACGAGCAUUCGCGCACCGUAAUCAUCCCAGAUGGUCAUAUCUCAUACUCCGCUAAUGGUCACCAUGUCCGCGUCACCAUCGCUCCUGAAGGUACUCGAGUAACAUACCAGCUGUAUAGGGUUGAUACAGAUCUACGCUGCCUCACUGGGAACGUGGGUCUGACAAGUAAGCUCUAUCAGGCACUCCUUCACGCUGUUACCAGUGGCUGUCUUCCUGAUCCCCUGACGGGUCGAACGGGGACAGAGGAGGCGUUGCAUCUCUUGCAUUCUGCAGCUUGUCGAUCGUUUAUGAAGCUUCGCUCUCGCGACACAGAUCUUCUGCGCGAGAUCAGUUCGCUGUCAACCAAGCGCGUCUGGUAUCCUACUCAUCUUCAGAAGAUGCAGACAAUUUCAUGGUCGUGCCUUACGCCCCUUGCACAGCACCACGGGUUUCAUCCAGCCGCGAAAUCUAUCAUGGAUUACGGAAUGAAGCUUUCGACUUUCUCAGAAAGAUCUGCAAACCUUCAGGUUGCCUACGAGCUUCCACAGUCCAUCAACCACCUUCUUGAGCGCGCCUCAGUCCGUGCCUCGACGAUCUAUCCUAAUCAGUUCUCUCUUCCACUUCCACUCGGUGAUACAGAUGUCAUCUAUACUUCACGUCAUAUUCCUGACGAAGUCGCGGAAGAGAGGGCAUUUCAAACCGCCUUCAUGGUGCGUCAGUGGCCAAGCAGACUUGCUGUACAAUGGAAUAUUCUCAGUUUCUUGACUCAGUGGCAAGAUAUGAAGGGCGCUGGCGAGCCGCUCAGUUUGCAGUACUCCAAAGACUGGCUUCGACCGACUUUUUCGCAUUUCUUCCUUUCUGCGUACGACUGCUGUCGUAGAGCUACAAAGAAAGACACAUCUCGGCUGCUGUUCACCCUGGCUUCGAUGUCAUACAGCUUGUUGGACGAUCAUGCGCUCGUGCCAACACUCCUAGCCUUCGCCACAGUUCCCGAAAUUCACAGCCUGGGAGGCCCUCCGAAGUUCAUUUCAUAUCAUCUCUUGGAUGGUUUCAUGCCAUCCGAUACGAAGUUGGGAAAGAUCAUCAAUUCGUGUAUUAGAAAUUAUGAAGUCAGCAAGGAGAAAGAGCUAGCUGCAAAUCCUGGGGAAGAUGAAAGGACUCUGGAGAAGCGUCGUCGUGCAGCUUUCAAAGACAAGUGUUGCUCAGAAAAGCAAGUCAUUCUCGGAAAAAUUUCGGAUGCUUGGCCACGCGAAAAUUCUCCAGUAUUUAAUACGUUGCAAGUGAAGUGCUACGACCUCGAUGAACUGUCAAAGAAACUUUCCGUAUUAUUUCGCAGCUGUUGGCAAAACCAUUGCCUGAAGCUACACAUAGAUAGCCUGCAGGGGACGCUCGAGCAGUUCUACACGCCCAACCCUCCUUCAAAACCCUCUCGAUAUCGUCUUGAUUUUCGCCUCGAGGACUGGCAUAUUACAUCACCAGCCUCAUCCGUUGAUGCCCAACAUCUAUUCGAUAGAGAUCCGCCUGUGACAGGUGUGUGCGGGUCUUCCCAAGUUCUGCCAAAUGCCAGUCGGAGAGAUUUGGUAUCUCCAGACUCCAGAGUUGCAGCGAGGUUGCAACAGUUGAUCGACGACUUUCGCGCCCGAGGAAGUGACAAGUUCCGGCGCAAAUACGCCAACGAUCUGGACCAGAGCAGGUCAAUUUACUGUGACGAAAAGAUUGUUGCCUUACCAGAUUCUACGCCAUACACGAUGGAACUACUGCUUGAGUACCAUUCUAUCCAUAACCGGCAAUUCCAAGAUUCACUCGCAUCUAUUUCACAUGCCCUCUCCCCUGCCUCUCCUGCUGAGAACACAUUAUACAAUGCCGCAUUAUGGCCUCGAGUUACACCAAAUUUUCUUUUCGCUCGCAUGGCUUCUGCAGCAGGAAGUCCUUUGAGAAAGGCUUGGCGUGCUACUCUUGUUCGGCUGUCGCAGAUACUUUUGCAACUGCAACGCUCGCGAAGGCUGUUAGUCUUUGCUGCUAACAAAAACUGGGUCGAGUUCUUCAAGGAGUUGGAGAGUGAAGAAUGCGAGGGAUUUGAUCCGGAGCAGUACCCUGACUGGCUUUUAAUACAGAUUGAAAGUCAGUUCUUGGCACGGUCAGUCCAGGUCAAGGUUGCGCUGGAGAUGAUGUCACCAUCCCAAGGAGGAAAUACCUCUCUCCAAUUGAACAUGGGCGAAGGCAAAUCCUAUGUUAUCGUUCCCCUCGCAGCAGCAGCGCUUUCUGAUGGUCACAGACUGGUCCGAGUAAUCGUGCUGAAGUCGUUGUCUUCCCAGAUGUUUCAGCUUCUGGUCGAACGACUAAGCGGCCUUGCGCAAAGACGCAUUUUCUAUGUCCCAUUCUCCCGCGCACUCUCUAUCGACUCAUCGAAGGUGCAAAUGUAUCGUGACCUGAUGCAAGAAUGCAUGGAUGCCAAGGGAAUCUUGGUCGUGCAACCAGACCAUAUUCUAUCGUUCCAGCUGAUGGUCGUCGACCGUCAGCUCUCCCCUCAGAUUGAAGUUGCUCAAGGUAUGCUGCGGACUCAGCUAUGGCUCGACAAUCACACACGCGACAUCCUGGAUGAAAGCGAUGAAAUUUUGCACGUCCGCUACCAACUGGUAUACACCGUGGGUCUUCAGAAUUCGCUUCAAGGUCAUCCCGAAAGGUGGACGACGACACAACAAGUUUUGAGUCUUGUCGCGAAGCACGCCACUCGGCUUAUGAGCGAAUUUCCCUCUCGUUCAGAUGUGUCCACUCGUGAGCAAGAAGGGUUCCCUUUUGUUCGUGUUCUGCACCCAACAGCAGGUGAAGCACUGGUCCAAUGGAUCGCAGAGGAUGUCAUCAAUGGCGCGCUUGAAAACAUCAGCUUUGAUCAAGCAUCUCUCCAUUUCAAAGAAGCUGUUUACUGCUUCAUCGCAUUUGAGAAUAUAACCAAUGCUUGUGUCAGCAUAGUGGAAGAUCACUAUAGACACACUACGGCCUGGCCAGGCCUCCUAGUCUUGCGUGGACUGCUGGCAUGUGGUAUAUUGGUGUACGCCCUCAAAGAACGUCGCUGGCGCGUGGACUAUGGCCUCACCCCAAAACGCACUAUGCUAGCUGUUCCAUUUCGGGCAAAAGACAUGCCCUCAUUGCGGGCAGAGUUUGGCCACCCGGACGUUGCUGUCACCCUAACGUGCCUGUCAUACUAUUAUGGGGGUCUCACGCUCCAGCAGUUGAUGUUAUGUUUCGAGCUCCUCCUGAAGCAGGAUAACCCUACCCACGAGUAUGAAUCCUGGGUGCUUGCACUUCAAUCCGUCCCAGAAAGUCUGUGUCAACUUAGCGGAAUCAAUACAGAAUCAGCAGAGCAGCUCCUUGUCCUUCAACAACUGUUCGAAUUCAACAAGGCAGUCAUAGACUUCUACCUCUCCCGAGUAGUUUUUCCAAAGGAAGCGAAGGCAUUCCCCAGCAAACUCACCUGCUCCGGGUGGGAUCUCGCUCAAGAGAAGAGACAUAUCACGACCGGCUUUUCUGGUACUAACGACAACCGCUAUCUUUUACCAAGCUCAAUGGUGCAGCAUGACCUCGAUUACCAACGCAGCACGAAUGCGCGGGUCCUGGCGUUCCUUUUGCGUCCAGAAAACAAUUGCUACCGACCCAUACCAUCUGGCCAGAAGGUGCAGCAGUUCAUCGAUACCUUAAUCGCACAAACCCCCGAGGUCCGCGUGCUCCUGGAUGUGGGUGCGCAGAUGCUGGAAUUGAAGAAUCAGGAAUUGGCCGAGGCAUGGCUUCGAGCCAAGCGCAAUGCCCAAGCUGCAGUCUUUGUGAAUGACGAUGAUGAAAUUGUUGUCAUCAACCGAGAUGGGACAGUGGAGCCCCUUGUGUCGUCUCCCUUUGCCCAACAGCUCGACCAGUGCGUGGUAUAUCUGGACGACGCCCAUACCAGAGGAACGGAUGUCAAGCUUCCUUCCGGCUUCCGAGCUGCUGUCACACUCGGUCCGAAAGUCACUAAAGACCGCCUGACGCAAGGAUGCAUGCGGAUGCGGAAGUUGGGUAAUGGUCACUCAGUGAUGUUUUUCGCUCCGAUGGAAGUUGACCGAAGCAUCCGCUCAGCCACUCAGAAAGCUCAUAUAGAUGAUAUCGACGUUGCAGAUAUCCUGCAAUGGACGAUGCUCGAAACUUGUCUUGACAUUCAGAUGCGUGCAUUCCACUGGGCUCAACAGGGAUCGGAUUUCAACACACGGCAUUCCGCAUGGACUAAAUUCUCGCGCGCCCCUACCACUUCGAUUUCCCCCCUUAAAACAGCCUGGUUGCAGCCAGAGGAGUGUUCAUUAGAAUAUAUGUACGCACCACGCAGUCCCUCGCAAGUAUCCCACGUUUGCGAUGCAGACAUUCAAAGGAAAUGCGAGGAGCUUGGAGUUCUAAUGGGACCCGAAAGGAGCAUGGAUGAGGAACAGGAAAGAGAGGUAGUCCACGAGGUAGAAAGAGAACGUCAAGUCCAAAGACCGCCCAAAGUGCAACCUGCAGCUCGGGACUCAGUGCAUGUGGAUAUUCGUCGAUUUGUGAGGACCGGCCAAAUUCCUGCAUGGUCCCCAGCGUUCAUUCCAGCGCUAUCCAGCCUUGUCAACACCACUGCUGAAUUUCAUGAGAGCGAGCAGUGGGCGCAAAAUGUUUUAGUCACCCGUGACUUCUCUCGUACGGUGGGGACUUUCCUCGCCAAGCAGAAAGCGGAUGAAUACCUGCGGCCCGUCAAUUGGGUCGUAUACAGUAACGCUGGAGUACUGGUAGUUAUGAGCCCGAACGAAGUGAACACACUGCUACCUCAUAUCCGCAGGAGCAAAGUAGUUCACUUAUGCAUCUACACUCCUCGGACCACAAACACGAUGAAGGCAUGCGAUGAUCUUCAACUCUACCGUGUUCCUUCGGCACCACAUCUGACACUGCCAGAACCGCUGAUUUGCCAGCUAAACCUUUUUGCGGGCCAGCUAUAUUUCUCCAGUUACGAGAAGUAUCUCCACACUUGCAACCUCUUAGGGCUUAACGCACCGGAUUUGGGGGACGAGGACUUGAUAGUCGACAGUGAUGGAUUCAUCGGAGAGGAGAAUCGCCCUUCUGCGAGAGCAUCGUGUCCGUUCAAGCGAUCCCAGCUUCCUCCGCUGAAAGAGUUGUUUGGAAUGAGAAGGAAAGGCAUGGGGUACCUGCCAACUCAUAUCGGAAAGAUGUUCCAUGGCCGCAUUCUGACCAAGGGGGAUUUUCUUAACUGA